AGGAAAAAAAAUAAAAAUAAAACACGUUGUUUCUUCUUCUUCAUCUCUCUGUUUAUGGCCUGGUUUGUUUUUAACCAGGUCUUUUCCAGCUCAAACUCCUUUUUCUCACAUUCCAUUUUUUCCAUUUAGGUUUCAAUUUUCUAACCUUUCUUCAACAAUGAACGAUCUUCUAACGGAAUCGUUUGAUAUCCCCCGUGGCCAAGGUCAUCGAGGUGGUGACAUUGAGUUGGGAGAAUAUGCAAGGAAUUCAGGAGAGCUGGGCUUGGAUACUUUCUUCAAAAAGGUUCAAGAGCUUGAUAAACAAUAUGCUAAGCUGGAUAGUCUUUUGAGAAAGCUCCAGGGUGCCCAUGAGGAGUCCAAAGCUGUUACCAAAGCUCCUGCCAUGAAGGCUAUAAAGCAGAGAAUGGAGAAAGAUGUCGAUGAAGUUAAGAAAACUGCACAUUACCUAAAGACCAAAGUUGAAGAACUCGACAAAGAGAAUUUGGCUAAUAGGCAGAAGCCUGGUUGUGGAAAAGGAUCAGCUGUUGACCGGUCAAGAACAGCAACGACAAUUUCCUUGAAAAAGAAAUUGAAGGACAAGAUUGCUGAAUUUCAGACCCUAAGAGAAUCCAUCCAUGAAGAAUAUCGUGAGGUUGUUGAGAGACGUGUAUUUACAGUAACGGGCACGAGAGCUGACGAGGAGACAAUUGACAGAUUAAUUGAGACUGGAGACAGUGAACAAAUUUUCCAGAAGGCGAUUCAGGAACAAGGGCGUGGCCAGAUAGUGGACACCCUUGCAGAAAUUCACGAACGACACGAAGCAGUCAGAGAUGUUGAGAAGAAGCUGCUCGAUUUACAACAGAUAUUCAUGGAUAUUGCAGUGUUAGUUGAUGCACAAGGAGACAUGCUUGACAACAUAGAAUCAAUGGUUUCAAGUGCAGCAGAUCAUAUACAGCAAGGCAAUAAUACCCUCCACAAAGCAAAGAAACUGCAAAGAAACUCUAGAAAAUGGAUGUGCAUUGCCAUCAUGAUACUUCUAAUCGUCGUUAUAAUCAUCGUUGUUUCCGUCAUCAAACCAUGGGUUAAUAACAACGGCGCUUAAUUACUGAUUAGUAACACAUAAUUACACAACAAUUGCAUAUUAAUUUUCAUAUUCAUAUAGUCCAUUCUUUUUGUGAUUUAUUUAACUUGAAAGAAGCAUUGGACCAAAUAUAUAAAUUUGUAUCCUUUGAAAGUGAAGAAUGUACUAAAGAAAAACUUCAGUCUAUUAUACAUGUAUUUAUCACAUUUAAAAAUAUCUUCGAUAAUAGAUUAUACAUAAAUUCUAUCG